GAAGCUCAAAUGAGGCUCGUUUAAUGGGAUCUCGUCAGUUCAGCCCUGGACUCUCUAAGAAACGCUCCUCUACUUGGACUAUACGCGCGUCGCCUAUUUAAUGGCAAUACGUUGUAUGUGGAUUUAAAGCACAUUUUUCAACAGGAUUAAAAGCUCAUUCGUUUACAACCUCUCACACGGCUCGAGGUGUGUGUUCUUUAUAAGGAAUACAGAGGUGUUUUUUCCUGCUUGAGGGAUGGGAUUAAAGAGAUCGAGGAAAAGUUGUGAUUUUUAAGUCUCGCCGUAUUGGAUGUCAACGAUGGAGAGAUAAAGCUCGCCACCUACAGAGCUCACGAAGGCGGACGCACCGGUAAUUACACAGCGAAAGGAAAUGCACAGAGUCUGGGUUCUACUCAUUAUAAUAGAAGAGGGAUUUGCCCUGGCACAGAAAAUUAAAGAGAUUCAGAAUGAAGGUGAAUCUCCAUCUACUGCUGAGCAGUGUGGCCAGUGGAUCCGGAAUAUCAAUGGAGGGCUGUUUACAUCUCCAAACUACCCAAACUCUUAUCCACCCAACAAGGAGUGUGUUUACAUUCUGGAAGCUCUCCCUCGCCAGAGAAUUCAGCUGGCCUUUGACAAAACAUACUAUAUUGAGCCCUCCUUCGAAUGCCGCUUUGACCACAUUGAGAUAAGGGAUGGUCCCUUUGGUUUCUCCCCUCUUAUUGAUCGUUUCUGUGGGCCAAAGAGUCCAGGUGUGGUCACCUCCACGGGCCGCUUCAUGUGGAUUAAAUUCAUCAGUGACGAGGAGCUCGAAGGCUUAGGUUUCCGCGUCAAGUACACCUUUAUAGCAGACCCAGAUUUUCAUUUGCAUGUCGGUGGAUUGCUAAAUCCAAUUCCAGAUUGCCAGUUUGAGAUCAGCGGCACAGAUGGAAUCAUCCGCUCCAGUCAGGUAGAUGAGGAGGAUAAGAUCAAAAACGGAGAUGCAGUGGACUGCAUCUGGACCAUCCGUGUGCCUCCUCAGUCCAAGAUAUACCUUCGCUUCCUGGAGUACCAGAUGGAGUACUCAAAUGAGUGCAAGAAGAACUUUGUGGCCGUGUAUGACGGCAGCAGCGCCAUAGAAAACCUGAAAGCCAAGUUCUGCAGCACUGUUGCCAAUGACGUAAUGCUGGACACUGGCGUGGGUGUCGUACGCAUUUGGGCUGAUGAGAGCAGCAGACUCAGCCGGUUUCGAAUGCUCUUCACAUCAUUUGUGGAUCCUCCAUGCUCCAGCAACACUUUUUUCUGUCAUAGCAACAUGUGCAUCAACAACUCAUUGGUGUGCAACGGUGUUCAGAACUGUGUGUACCCCUGGGAUGAGAACCACUGCAAGGAGAGGAAAUCCAAGGGACUCUUUCACCAAAUCACAAAGACGCAUGGCACCGUGAUUGGCAUUUCUGCCGGUGUGGUUCUGGCCUUGCUCAUCAUCUCCAUCCUGGUGCAAAUAAAGCAACCCCGCAAGAAGGUAGUGGCCCGCCGGCCAGCUGUCAUCCACAAAGGUGGCUUCCAAGAGGUCUUCGACCCUCCAAACUAUGAGCUCUUCUCCCUCCGCGACAAGGAGCUGUCAUCAGACCUGGCCGAGCUGUCAGAUGAGCUUGACAGCUACCACAAGCUGCGGCGCUCCUCUACCAUAUCUAGAUGUGUCCACGAGCACCACUGUGGUACCCAAGCCUCCUCUGGAGGAAGCAUGAAGCAGAGCCGCACCACGCUCAGCUCAAUGGAGCUCUCUUACCACAAUGAUUUCUCCAAGCCACCACCCAUGAAGACCUUCAAUAGCAGCAGCAGCGGCACCUACAAGAAGAGCUGCUAUGGCUACAAACAGACUCAUGAAUGUGCCGAGCAGGUAAUCGAGGACCGCGUCAUGGAAGAGAUGCCCUGUGAGAUCUAUGUGAGGGGUGGAAGCGUAGGAGGGGCUGCAGGCAGCAUUGGCAGCGGUUGUGGGAGCAUUACCAUCCGUAACCAUGGCAGCGCUCGCAGCAACAACACCACCACCACUGUAGUGGACCCGGGACAGCGUUCCAUAUCCAUGGACUUCUGAAAUAGUGAGGGAGGAAGAGGAACAAGAGCCCUGACUUUUACCCCUUUUUUCAGUGUCCUUCUUUACUGUUUUUCAUGCACAGGGGUUCCAGUGCAAUAUAGACAAACAUGGAGCGCACUGAGUGAAUAGACUAUACGUUGACAGAGAUGAAAUGUGGCUGGCUAUUUUAAUCUAUGUGUAUCAAAAAAGAAUGAUAAACAGUAUGUAGGUUUUGUGUAGUUGCUUGGCAUUAACUCACUUUUUGCAUCAUUUCACUCUGUGGAUAACUCGAAUUAUACUGAAAUGAAGAUGACUGACCAUCCCCCUCUGUAUACUUACACUGUGUCAAAACAGGCGACAAGUAAUUUGUCUGUCCAUACUGAAAGAUAAAUUGGUGCAUAAUGCGACAAAAUCAGCCAGUCAUAUGUUUGAUGUUUAAUACAGCAUUAUACAACAUACAAUACAGGUAUGGAUUGGGAUUUUGGAAUGUGGGCAGGGCUUCCCUGUAUGACAGAAAAGAAAACUAAGUGACUGACAAAGUGUGUUGUUUCUCAUCACUUUGCACAAAGAACAAAUUAUUAACAUGGGAAACAAAGGAUUGAUUGCUUGUUGCUAUAUCAUAUCGUGCAUGCUUAGGGCACGGUGUUAAGAGGGACACAUUUGGAUGGGAAAGGCUACUAGAUCAAAAAUUCCGACAGCAUACACGAACACUGGCCUGAUUUCUUACAUUUUGUCAUUGGUUUUAAUUAAACAGAUUACUAUGAUGGCAGUAUGCAUCAUUGCAUCUGAGUGGCCAUAAAAGGCCACGACACACAUGUUGAUAUUAUGUUCUUUUAGCCUAUGAACAUAACACUCUACUGCAUUUUUUGAGGAACAACCAAUCCAUUACAAGCUUCAAAUAAAGACAACUGUAAAUGAUGCAUACAACUUUUGUAUAGAAAUUCUUUUUUGUUGUUUAAUAAGUAAAAAUGAACAGGAAUAUAUUUUCUAACCAAUAUAUGUUGUAUAACAAAUUAUACUGUGCUUCCAUUUCAGUCAUGACAUGAAUAAUUGUAAAGAUAUUAGUGUAAGAAAUGUCCUAUUACAUUUUAAUAAAAUUAUGUUACCUAAACUA